AUACUGACAAUGAAGAAAUUACCGAUGAUGAUUUCGAAUUUGAAAAUGAUGAAGAUGAGACGGAUACCUCAGCUGCUAUUAACGAAGAGGAGGAGGAUAACGAUGCCACAAAUGAUGAACUCGAACAACAAGAUCAAUUUGAUAAUAAUCUGCCAUUGACCCCGUAUAAUACAAAAAUGAUGCGUUUAAAUUCGGAAUGUUCUGAUCCAAGUCUCUUGGAAGAUUGUAGAGCUGGGCAAAAAUGGAAAUGUGUUAAUGAGAAUGGAAGAUGGCGGAAACAUAAGUGUAAAUUUCAUCUCCAAUUGCAGCAUCAUUUGGCAGAAAUAUCCAAAUACCCAAAGAAUCAAAAUAAACGUAAUUGUGCUUGCUUUACACCAGAUGGUGUGGUCUAUAUUAAACCUGAAGUUCGGAAGAGGAACCAAAACUUUGGUAAAAAUUCCCGACGCCACAAACGUGACACUGAGAAUUUCGAUAUCGAGGAACUCUACCAUUCUGAGCUGCCCUAUGAAAUGGAAGAAUUAUUGGAUAUCCAUAAAAAUGUACACAACCUCGAGCAGUAUCUUUUGGAGCAACAUAAAAAGAACGCUGAAAAGUUAUCAAGGCCCAAAAGAGAACUUACGGCACAUUUAUUCGAAAAUCCUGAAAAUUUAAAUAGUGAAGAGAAUAAAAAGAACAACGCUUCCAAUGAUGCCAUCUCCAAAGUUAUACAAGAAAUUCAGGAUACUUUGGAAACAUUGGAGCUGAAAUUUGUUGAACAUGACUGGACGGUGAAUAGUACCUCAAAGACAUCGGCCACCAAAAUGACUUCGGCUGGAUUUGUACGAGGCGGAAAAUUCCCCAAAGUGGGUGGUCGUGUCGGUACUCGUUGUUAUAUUGAAUCUCAAAGUGGUAAAGUCAAUUGUUCCGAUGUUAUUUAUGAUGACGAGAAGACAUGGCGUAAAUCGCGAUCACAAAUUGAUAUGCUUAUCAAGGUAUUGAAGGAUAAAAUUACCCAUUUGAAGGAUAUCAAGAAGCAAUUGAGGGAAAGCAAGCAGCAGCAACAGCAAGGGCGUUAUUGGAAUAAUGAAUUCGUCAACAACAACAACAAUCGGGGAGAUCAAUACAAUAAUGGGGAAGCGAAUACCAAUGCUUAUGGCUCGGGAUAUCGUCAUCAAAAGGGUCGUCAUCGUGGCCAACAGCCUCAGUCUCAACAUGGUUAUAAUCGUUAUCACAACAAUGCGGGAGUUAUGGGUAAUCCCAUGUACUCCUCCGCUGGAAACAGCGCUGGAAGGAGACGAAUCAUUGUAUCGAAUGUUGAGAAUCCUGAAUUCGAUAUGAACUAUUUUACUAGUACUUCACGCAGAACCAAUUAUGAGGAGAUUAUGACCUCGACACAGAAAAACAAACAUCGCAAUAAUCAAGUGCCAAAUACAUAUACGACCACAACUCUGCCAGAUGGUCCAAAUAAAAAUACCCCAUGGAGAAGUACAUCGGAUGAAGUUUCCCAAGGUAGCUAUGAAGAAUCCAGCUAUCCAAGUUCCACCUCGGAGAGCAUAGCAUCCAGUUCGGAAAUGGGCCACAGAACUAAACCCAAACAUCGAGGACAGAAGGAAGAAGUCAAAGAAACAUAUUACAAUUCUAGGCAUGAUACUGGCAAUACUCAAUUUUCAGGACCAGCUGAAUGUUAUUGUGAACCGGAUACAGAUUAUCAAGAUUCCAAAGAAAUUGCGCGAGAGGCCAGACGCAAAUUGAAGGAGGAAAGGCAACGCAAAAAGGAAAGGAAACGGAUCAAGAAGGCACGCCUGGAAAAGGAAUGUCUAUCGGAGAAAAUGAAUUGUUUUUCGCAUGACAAUACUCAUUGGCGUACCGCCCCGUUAUGGAAUGAUAGUCCAUUCUGUUUCUGUAUGAAUGCUAAUAAUAAUACUUAUUCCUGCCUAAGGACCAUAAAUGCCACACACAAUUAUUUAUAUUGUGAAUUUACGACGGGACUAAUAACAUUUUAUGAUUUGAAAAUUGAUCCCUUCGAAACUUUAAAUCGCGCCUCAUCGCUUACACAGGCUGAGAAGUCGUAUAUGCAUGAUACAUUGGCCAAACUCAAAAGUUGUAAGGGCAAAAGUUGUACCAUUAAACGUACAGUGACAGUUGUAAAUUCGAACAACUCCACCAGCUCAAAUAGUAUUAUACAAAGAGGCACGAAGCGGAAACAUGUUUCCAGUUUAAUAACCUCAUCACUGAAUGGCAAUUCCGAUUUUGUUUCCAAUCGCAUGGAUUAUGAAGGAUCACCGACAAAACGCAGGAAAUUGUCAAGCCGCUGGCCACCGAGCUCCACCACCGCAAACAACAACAAUAAUAAUAUAAGGCGUAAACAAUGGAAGCUGCAACAUGUAAAUCAUCAACAACAACAGCAUUCCUAUUAUAAUCCCCAUCAAAAGAGUCAACAUUUAAGACCAUCAGCAUAUAAUACUAAUCACCACAAUAGGAUGGUGCCUCAUCAACAGCGGCAACAACACCAUCAUCAACAGCAGCACCAACAACAUCAGUCACCACAAUCUAUGGCCUCUGAACGUGGUAAUAGUAUUCGAAGAAAUCGUUUUCAUGAGGAGGACACCCAACGCUAUCAACACAAUGCUGAAGUUAAAAAAUCAAUGGCAAUAGGAUCACCAUCACCACCUCAAUCAUCCGCAUCAUCUCCAACAGCACCAAAUGCCACAGUGACAACAAUGCAACAACACAAAGAGGCCAAGGAUAAUGUGAUGGGUGGUGGUGUAUUGUAUAAAGACAUCAACAGCAAUAAUAGUAGCACAACUUCACAUGCAGAUUCUGCAGCGGCUGCAGAUGCAAACAAUUCCAAUUGGAUGCCAUCUUCCUCUUCAACACCAGUGCCAUCAUCCGAUACAGUAGCAGAUGCUGGACCAUCGGCAUCUUCAUCAUCAUCAUCAUCAUCACUUUUGCCACUGGAUAGUGAUGGUGAUGAUGCUGAAUUUUUGAAAAUGCAUAAAAAACAACAACAGCAACCAAUGACCACAUUACCCGAAUUAAGUCUGUAG